AGAGAAGAAAAGUUUAGAAAUUGAAGGGAAAAGUCAAAGUAAACGUAGAAGUCCAAACUUUUAACUUGUAAAUCAUCACCAUCAUCAUCAAAUCCCAUUUCUUAAGCAACCUCUGGUACCCUUGUCAACUCAAACCCCUUUCAAUUCAUUCCCUUUUUUUAUAAGGUAAACCCAGGACAAAGAAACCCCAAGAAAAUGAAUCCCUUAGAUAACAGUGACCACCCUCAGCUUCCAACGAUCAAGAUCCACCACCCAUCAUCCCCUCACCAUUCCACCUCCACCGCUACUCCCACCGCCGGUGCACGCCGUAAAAUCGGUGUAGCCGUUGACCUCUCCGAUGAAUCUGCCUUUGCCGUCCGUUGGGCCGUCCAAAACUACAUCCGAGCCGAUGAUGCUGUCGUCCUCCUCCACGUGUCUCCAACCUCCGUACUAUUUGGAGCCGAUUGGGGCCCUCUCCCCCACACCCCACAAAGCCCAGGAACGCCACAUUCCCAGCAGAAACUGGAAGACGAUUUCGAUGCCUUCACGGCGUCAAAGGCGGCGGAUUUGGCCAAACCCUUGAAGGAAGCUGGGAUUCCUUUUAAGAUCCAUAUAGUGAAAGAUCAUGAUAUGAGGGAAAGAUUGUGUCUUGAGGUGGAGAGGUUAGGGUUGAGUGCUGUUAUCAUGGGGAGUAGAGGAUUUGGAGCUGAGAAAAGAGGGAGUGAUGGCAAGUUGGGAAGUGUCAGUGAUUAUUGUGUUCAUCAUUGUGUUUGUCCUGUUGUUGUUGUUAGGUAUCCUGACGAUAAAGAUGUCGGCAAUGCCCAGCCCGUCGUGACGGUUAAGGAGGCUGAGGUGGAGGAGGAAGGUGGCAAAGAUGCUUAGGGUAAUUUCAGCUUAAUCUUAUCAGAGUACCAGCAAUGCUAGGAAUUAGCCGGAACAAAGAGAAGUCGUGAAAAUGUCCUAGUAGUUCAUGGUUAAAAUGGAAUUGAACCAAGGGUUUUUUUUUUCUCCUUUCAUCUGCUCUUUAUAUAAACUCUUAACGAUGAUGAUGUUGUAUGGUUAAUGAGGUUUCUUGAUUACAUUUUUAUGUGACUCAACUCUUUAAGGAUGUUGUGUUUUUACUGUAAUUUGAUAUACUAUGAGAUAAACAGAUAUGGUCAACAUUUGGUUUUAGUUUUUA